GAAAGAAGCAAAGCAACUACCAUUCGCCAUUUCCAGUCGCAAGAGGAAAACAAGAUAGUGAGAGAAAGAAAGUAGGUAAAGCUUCAAGCUUCAAGCUUCAUUCCUUCAAUCGCUUGCGAAUUGCGAUGGCUUGGUUGACUCGAUUUGUGGCAGCCGUGGCUUUCUUGGCCAUCGGAGUGAUAUUCUCCCCGGAGACCUUUGGGUCGAAAUCGGACGGUCUGAAAUCGCCCACCCUCUCCACCUACCUAAAGCUGGCACAUCUGCUCUGUUUCUCCACCGCUUUCGGCGCCGCUCUAUGGGUCACCUUCAUAGGCGGCAUCAUCAUGUUCAAGAAUCUUCCGCGGCAUCAGUUCGGGAAUCUUCAGAGCAAGAUGUUUCCGGCGUACUUCACGAUGGUGGGGAUAUGCCUUGCAGUAUCAGCUGGGUCGUUUGGGUAUUUACAUCCGUGGAGCUCUUCCUCUGUUGCCGACAAGUACCAGCUCGGCUUUUUGCUCUCUUCCUUAUCUUUCAAUCUCACCAAUCUCUUCGUCUUCACUCCCAUGACCAUCGAGAUGAUGAAGCAAAGGCAUAAGGUGGAGAGGGAGCAGAACAUUGGGGAAGAAGUUGGAUGGUCAAAGAAUGUGCAAGUUGCAAAGGUAAACCCAAAACUGGCAGCCAUGAAUAAGAAGUUUGGUAUGAUUCACGGACUAUCAUCUCUUGCCAACAUCUUCGCAUUUGGCAGCCUUGCUAUGCACUCGUGGUACUUGGCUGGUAAGCUUGAUCUCUAAGAAAAUAAAACCCCAACUUCCCCUUUUCUAUGGGGGCUUUCUUCUCGUUCUCGGUUUCAAAAAACAACACACUUAUGACUCUGAAUGAAUUGAAUUGACUCAAAAGUUCUAUAUGUACGAGGAAUGCAAUGUUGGAAGCAUUGUGCUGUUGUGCCGUUGACCAUCGGAGACGUGAGUUUCUAUUCAAGAUGAUAUAUACUUGCUUCUUGUUUUGGUAGGCAAUUGUUGAGUCCAUUCCACUCAUUCAAAGACAUUAUAUGGCUAUCGAAAAUUUGUUCUUGCCACCAAUAGCAUCUUUUAGUGACGAAUAAAAAUGGCUUUGUAAUA